CAGCAUAACCUCCUUCCUUACUAUGAUGGUUUAUUAAAUAGAACAGUGCUUGACAAGAUGGUUCUAGAUAACUUGAUUUCCAGGUGUAUUUUGAUGAUAGAGGACAGAGAGGAAAUUAUAAAACCAGCAACACAAAGUGAACGCAACAAGGUUCUACUUGAUAUUUUGACUGAACGACCAUAUGGGACCUUCAAGGUGUUUAAGGAUGUUUUAAAAGAAUCAGACCCAUACAAUACUGAUGUUCAAGAACUUGUCAGUAGAAUGCAAUUUAUUGAAAGCUGUGAUAAAAAUAUCAGUUGUCAUGACAUAGUUUUCCAUGAACACAUUGUAAAGCUACAAAAGAAUUAUAUGAUGUUUGUCCAUGAUGUAUAUAGCAAAACUGAUAUAGCUGACUACCUAUAUGAAACAGGAGUCUUAAAUACUGAAGAAAAAGAGGAAAUUUGUAGUUCUUCAAUUACACGACACGAAAGUAAUAGAAUUUUAUAUGCAAAAUUGUUUCGCAAAGGUGAAGACGCAUACAAGCAUCUUCUUAAAGCUCUACGACAUGGACAGUAUGAAGACAUUACGUCUAAUAUAGAGAACACUCAAGUUUCAGAGCAUGAAAUACAGUUGUGUCAAUUAGGAAUGAAGAAACUCCGAGAAAGAGAGAAGAAAAAAGAUUUUCAUGUGAUUCAAACCAAACUAGAAGAUUUAACACGUAUACAUGAUGAAGUUAUCCCUUAUCAUAUACUUGAGCAGUUUGAACGACGUUUGAAACAGUGGAAAGAGGAUGAUAAAAUGUUUUUCAGGACAGCAGCAGAGAAACAAGUAAGGACAAGUAUUUUGACAGAAAAUUGUGUAGCAAUUGUUGGAAAUUCUGGCACUGGAAAAACUUUUCUUUCACACCAUGUUUCACUGACGAUGAUGGAUCAAGGCUAUAUUAUAAUUCCGUGUGAAAGCCCCGGUGAUAUUAGACAAUGGUUUAAACAUGGAAGGAAAACAAUAUUUGUCUUUGAUGACGUCUGUGGGCGGUAUACUCUUAAUCAACAGAUUUUCAAUGAAUGGAAACAAAGACUGGAACAUAUUAAAUCUCUACUUGAAGACAACUGUUGUAAAAUGAUGUUUACGUGUAGGCUUGAUGUUUAUAAAGAAGAGCAAUUUAGCAGUCUGUCUAUUUUCAAAACGUGUACUAUUGAUUUAAGUUCACAAGAAUUAAGACUUAGUGCUGCUGAAAGAUUUGCAUUAGCCAAAAUGUACUUUGGAGAAAAUGCCGGUAAAGUCACAGAAUUGUCAGAAAAAUAUGAUUUUUUCCCACUUUUAUGUAGUUUAUAUCAUAAACAGAAACUCCAGAAACAUAUAAAUAUAAGUAAUUUUUUCAGCAAUCCAUUUGAUGUUUUUCAAAACGAACUGGAGAACCUGUAUAGAGAAGGGGAUGCUGGUAAGAUGAAAUAUUGUAGCUUGGUCCUUUGUGUGAUGUUUAACAACACAUUGAAAGAAGAAAUGUUCUCAAUAAAAUUUAAAAAGUCAGGGGCAGUAAUAGAAGAUUUACUGGAUAAAUGUGAACUGAGUAUUGAAACGUCAAUGGAACGUUUAAGAAAAUCCCUCGAAACCCUCGAAGGUACAUAUGUAGUUAAGGAAGACGGAACAUACAAAAUAAUCCAUGAUAAGUUGUUUGAUUUUCUGGCAAAGUACUUUGGGGAGAAGAUGAUUCAGCUCUUCAUUGACCAUGCCAAAACUGGAUUCAUACGCGAGAGAUUUAUAUGCGAGACAGUGAAUAACAUGGACACAGAUAUAGAGUUUGCUAUAAGAAUACCCGAUAACAAAAUGAACAGAUUUAUAGAAAGACUCCUGAAGGACUGGGAGGAUGGUUUUGUAGACAAUGUAUUUGAUAACAGAAACAUGAAUUCUUCUACAUUCAAAACGAAGUUUAUAAACAAUUUAAACAAGCUUGACCAAUCAAAACAAGAAGAACUAGCUUGUAAACACGAUAUAAAAAGUAAAGAUAUAGCACUUGGAGGUAGUUGUUAUGUGGGUUCCGUUGACCUUGUCAGAUGGUUGAUUAGUAGGAAAAGUGACAUUAAUUAUUGUAAAGAGGAUGGUUGCUUUCCUUUAUUUUGGGCAAGUCAGGAAGGACAUAUUAAUGUUGUUGAAGAACUACUACAGCAAUCGGCAGAAGUAAACCAAUAUAACAACAAUGGUGUAUCAUCUCUGCAUAUAGCAAGUCAGAAUGGACAUGUUAAUGUUGUUAAAGAAUUGUUAAAAUAUUCAGCAGAAGUAAAUCAGUGUAACUUUAAUGGUGUAUCACCUCUGUAUAUAGCAAGUCAGGAUGGAAAUGUUGAUAUUGUUAAAGUACUGUUACAACAUUCAGCACAUGUCAAUCAAUGUAUGAUUAAUGGUGUAUCACCUUUGUGGCAAGCAAGUCAGAAUGGACAUGUUGAUGUUGUAAAAGAACUAUUACAACAUUUAGCAGAAGUUAAUCGGUGUGACGAGGAUGGUUACUCACCUCUGUAUAUAGCAAGUCAGGAAGGACAUGUUGAUGUUGUUAACGAACUGUUACAAAAUUCAACAGAAGUAAACCAGUGUGCUAAUAAUGGUACAUCACCUCUGUGGAUAGCAAGUCAGAAUGGACAUGUUAAUGUUGUUAAAGUUCUGUUAAAACAUUCAGCAGAUGCCAAUGUAUGUGUAAAUAAUAGCAUCACACCGUUACUGAUUGCUUGUUACUAUAACAGAAUGGAGGUGGUACACGAACUUCUUAAGUAUAAUGAUGUUGAUAUUGAUAUCUGCGAUAGUAAUGGAUGUUCUUCAAUUUAUAUAGCAAGUCAACAAGGCCAUGUUAAUGUUGUAAAAGAACUGUUGCAACAUGCAGUAGAAGUAAACAGAUGUAAAAAUAAUGGCGUAUCACCUUUGUAUAUAGCAAGUGCGAUUGGACAUGUUAAUGUUGUUAAAGAACUGUUACAACAUUCUGCAACAGUGAGCCAGUGUGACAAUGAUGGUGUAUCACCUCUGUAUAUAGCAAGUCAGAAUGGACAUGUUGAUGUUGUUAUAGAACUGUUAAAACAUUCUGCAGAGGUAAACCAGUGUGACAAUAAUGGUGUAUCACCUCUCUCCAUAGCAUGUCAGGAAGGACAUGUUAAUGUUGUUAAAGAACUGUUGCAAAAUUCAGCAGACGUGAAUCAGUGUGACAAUGAUGGUAUAUCACCCCUGACUAUAGCAAGUCAGAAUGGACAGGUUGAUGUUGUCAAAGAACUAUUACAACAUUCAGCAGACGUGAAACAGUGUGAAAAUGAUGGCAAUUCACCUCUGUGAAUAGUAAAACAGUAAGGACAUGUUGAUGUUUAAUACUAGUAAUUGUUACAACAUAAAGCAAAUGUCAACAACUGUGCCUUUAACGGUAGGAAUCAUCUAAGUGUAGCUGAGGACCAUGUACUCUUAGAGAUAUAGUCAUUGCUAUAAGGUCCAGUUGCAAAUCGACAUUGAUGCCACAAUGAUGAAUUCGCUGUGAAGGAGAUGUUCGAAGGUUUUGUAUUUGGACAAAUCUCUACUUAGCAUCCUUUCUCAAUCGUAUGUUUAUAUGCACAAACCUAACAGAUAGUUAACAGUAUAGGUAGUAUUGGAUUAGGUUAUUCACAACACUCGGAGAAGCUCAUGCUAGUUAAAAUUUUAACGUAUCGAAUUGUAUUGUGUUUAAUACAUUAUAUUGAUCUCUAUGUUUUUUUUCUGGAUUAAUUGUAUUUAAGAUUGCGGUCAUAUACCCAUAUCUCUUUUAUCCUAAUUGCAAACGUUUGAUAAAAAAUGCAGUGCUUAUGCCAUGUGGAUUAUAUACUAUCUGAUUAUUCAUAACGAUGUGAGUGUGUGCACUGACGAGAAAUAGGAUUAGUUCAAAAUAUCAGAAAAUUUGUCUUAAGGGCAUACGAUACAGUAGCAGGGGCAGACAAUAACGUUUUCAAAACUUUUCGUGUUGUUUUCGCGACGUUGUUAGUCUGAACGCUGUAAUUUCGCGAUGUUUCUAAUAAGAACGAUUACAUUUCGCGACGUCGAUUUAGAUGUAGUCACAUUUGCGAAAAAUCCACUGACGUCAUUAAUCCGGUUGCGCGAAUUUGAAAAAAAUACCUGCUUAGACAAUCGGCCAUACCACGAGAAUUGUUAUAUUUAUUCAUUUAUAAUGAAGUCAACAGUAUUAACUUGAAAUGCGAAAAAACUUAAAUCCGCAUUCAUAAUUUUGUAUGUGUUUUGAAUGACCUUUUCAAUGAUUGAAACUAUGCACAAGCUGUGUUGUCUACAUUAAUUGUAUGACUAAUGUCGGA